GAGCGCUUCGAUGCAAGUUCCUCUCCUCUGUGUUGUUGUUGUUGUUGUUGUGCAGCUUCAUUCAAACUUUGUCAUUUAUCUCACAGCAAACAAAGAGUCAAGUCACAGACUGAACUUCUGACCUUUUCUUCAAAGCGCUGCGCAGCAGAGGCGCAAACCUUUAGCGCUCAGAAAGUUGAGAGUGAGUUUGUAGGAAGUGAGCUCGUUAGGACAUUCCUGCGAGGAUUGUCGAGGGGCUUUUUUUUUUUUCAACCAAGAUUAGUUUCUUUAUGCUUUUUCACGUGAAAGAGCCUUUAUAAAGGCGUCAGUGUGACACACACACACUGCUCCGCGACACAACUGCGAGAGGAAGACAAAGUAGAAUUUGUGCUUUUCACCAUGGCGGCGUACACAUUACCGGAGGGUUUCACGGAUUUUGAUAUGUUUACAUUCGGCACAGCGCUGCUGGUCGGGGGCAUGCUCGGGUUCAUCCUCAAUGCGGUCAGCAUUGUGUCUUUCCUCUCAGUGAAGGAGAUGAGGACUCCCAGUAACUUCUUUGUUUUCAAUCUGGCUUUGGCCGACAUCAGCCUGAACAUUAACGGUCUCACAGCUGCUUAUGCCAGUUACAUCAGAUAUUGGCCAUUUGGACAAGAUGGAUGUUCCUAUCAUGGUUUCCAGGGCAUGAUAGCAGUUCUGGCCUCAAUCAGUUUCAUGGCUGCCAUUGCUUGGGACAGAUAUCACCAGUACUGCACUAGGCAGAAGCUCUUCUGGAGCACAACGCUGACAAUGAGCAGCAUCAUCUGGAUUCUGUCCAUCUUCUGGGCAGCUGUUCCUCUGAUGGGAUGGGGCGUUUAUGACUUUGAGCCCAUGAGGACUUGCUGCACGUUGGACUACACCAGAGGGGACAGGGACUAUGUGACGUACAUGCUCACGCUGGUGCUGCUCUACCUGAUGUUCCCCGCCUUCACCAUGUUGUCGUGCUACAGCGCCAUCCACAAGCACUUCAAAAAAGUCCAUCAACACAGGUUCAACACCAAUUUACCCUUGAGGGUCAUGUUGAUGUGCUGGGGCCCGUAUGUCCUCAUGUGUAUCUACGCCUGCUUUGAGAAUGUGAAGGUUGUGUCUCCAAAGCUGCGAAUGGUGCUCCCUGUGGUGGCCAAGACAAAUCCCAUCUUCAACGCUCUCCUCUACACGUUUGGAAAUGAGUUCUACCGAGGCGGUGUUUGGCAUUUCCUCACUGGACAAAAGAUUGUCGACCCAGUUAUUAAGAAGUCAAAAUAAAAGGAAAAGUCAACAUCCUCUGAGACCAAAUCAUCCUUUGCUCUUAUGAUAGAAUGUUAAUAAUUUUGUUAGGUUAAGGAAACAUCUUUGUGACAUUUAGAUACCUGUACUGGAGUAAUAUUAUUGUCUUAUGUAUAUGAAACAGUCCCCUCAUUCUGCAUUGCACUUAAUCUACAAAAUGUGUUUCAUUUCUUUCUGACGUCAUUUGUCUGCACUGCUCCUCCGUCCAUGUUUAACCAUUCACAAUAAUAAUAAUAAAAACACUGUGGACUAAUGA